CGUCUUUUCCCUCUCCACUCCUCCCCUUUCAGGAAAAAAAUCUUUGUAUCCGGAAAUUAAUAAACUCGUGAUGUCAGGAGGUAGCUAAGCAUCCAGAUGACUAGCUUGUUAGCUAGUUAACUACUUUUACGCAUAAGAUUUAAACUGUUUUGAAAUGUCGACAGUUAGCUACAUAGUUAGAGAGGUUUUCAUCGACGGAAGUGGGAUUACUAAAGCCCACGACAAUCGGUUGAUUUAACCGCUGACGGGUUCCAGCUAGCAACAUCGGCAGUCUGAGUUUAGAUUUGUGCUAGCGUUAGCGCCGCAUCGAAUACCUUCUCUGCUCUGUAGACAUGAUGCAACGAAUGUUGGAACAAGUGACAGCUUUCGUGGACUUUACUAGAGGUACAGAUUUAAACGAGUAUCUAAAACAGACGUAUUCGAAUAACAGUUGCAAAAACAAUCUAUCAGAUGUGCGCGUGAGCCCAGAUGGACGCCACAUUCAUGUCAUUCUCCACAAACCCAAGGUUGGUCUCAUGACUUUUGACAAAUAUCAGAGACCGCAGCAGAUCCAGAGCCAAAAACACCUAGAUCUGGGGCUGACUCGGGCUGUGCCCAUUGUGGAUAUUGUAUAUUUUGACGACAAAAACAGAGACGGCGGUGUUGCGCUGUUAGCUGUCAUAUUCGAGAAUGGAAAAGCAGAGUUUUGGAAAUUUCUMGAACUCAAAGGGGGAUGGCAUCCCCUGCACACCGCGGACCUUUGCAACAGCCCUCGGGCUAAAGUCAUAUCUGUCUCGGCCAGUCAAAACUACAUAUUCUGGUGUGAGGAGAGGCCACCGUCGGAGAGCUCAUCACCUGUCAAUGAGACCCACAACUUCAGGUACUGCAUCUGCAAACGAACCUAUGAGGUGGAGGAAAUGGCUGUCAGUUUAGGGGGCAUGAAAAUUGCUCUGCACAACAACCCCCGCUACAACGUCAUCAGCUCAGGUGAGAAUGUUUACCUACUACCUGAUUUGAAAGACAAAUCCACCAUGUCCCUCUCCAAAUUCUUUCUCAUGUGGUCCCCCCAGUAUGACACAUUCAGAGUGAGCAGCACCAGUAAAGGUAAUCUCCUCCGAAAAGACUCACCUUCUACUAAAGAAUCUGACUUUAGAAGGUUGAUAACAGACUGCACGGGAUACCUAUCAGCCCUUAGCCCCCCUGAUAUCUAUGGCUACUCCCCUACUGGCAGUGGAGGCCUGUUACUGCUGCUCAGCACAGGUUGGGUCAGUCUACUACAAAAGGAUGGGGUGUUACGACAGAUCUACAAACUAGCUGACAACUGCCUGGCCAGCAGCAGUGCCCAUAACAGCCUGAACGUGUACCAGGACACCCUGGCUCUGACCAUCGGACGGACCCUCUACCUGAUUGACACUAAGUGUGGUGUGGAGCUGGAGAAAAUAGCCCUGAAGAGAGAGGGGCUACUCUACGUGAACAGGACCGAGAGGCAGGCACCACACAUGCUGUUAGAGACCGGCCUAUUUGUAGUGAUGCUCCGGGAGGGCGACCCCCGGGGCCACGACUCCGACCCAAAGCAGAAGACCCCGUCCCUGGGUACAGGGGAGAGCAUCAGCCCUGCGGCUCUACUGGUAGAGGCUGUGUUCGAGGAAGCCUGUAAGUAUUACCAACAGAGAAGUCUCAGCAGCACUCGGCUCACUGUGGAGAAGUUAAAAAGAGGAGGGAUGUUCCAGGCUCCUAUCACUCUGGCAAACAUCGUCGGAGACUACCUCCAGAGCAGGGGGGAGAGGGUAGUGGAGUUACCCCAGGGAGGAGGCAGGAGAGGACAGGAGAAGCUGCUCGAGUCCCUGGAGGCUGAACUGAAGGGGCUGAUCUCCCUAGAGGAGGUGAAGGGGGGAUUGGUGAAGGAGAGGGAGGUGGAGGAUGUGUGUGAGAGUCUAGUGCAGCAGGAGGUGGGGAGACUCCUCUUGUCGUCAGAGCUCGACCGAGACUCUCUACUCUACCUCAACUCRAUCUUCAGCCUGUUUCCCGGUCAGGCCUGGAGGGCCACGCAGAGCGCUCUGCAGCUACGCUGCAACGGAGAGGGCUCUAUCUCCUCUAAAGUGUCCCCGGAGGUCUGGAAGACUGUCCUCAGCCCUGUACAGGCCCAUACUGUCCCGACAAACCUUCCCUACACCAAUGGCAACAGCCAGUCUAAGCACAAGUCACCCAAACCUUGCCCCAGCACUGGCUCUAGUUUUAAACUUAGCCCCAGCCUUAGCUCCAACUCCAGCCCCCCUGCCGCUAACUCGGCCCUGCCUGUCUUCGAGCUCCUGUGCCACUCCGUCUUCUGCUUCCAGCCCAGCUGGCUGCCCAGGUUCCUGGAGCUAGCCCAGCAGCAGCAGACCUCUGCAGGCUUGGGGAUGGGUCUAGGCCUUGGUGGCUCCACCUGGAGCUACUCUGGAGGUAGGGGAUUUGCGGAGAACGGAGAGAGCCUACCCCUGUAUAAACGCGCCCUUUCAGCUCUGCCUCUACCUGGCCCCGGAUCAGACCUGAAACAAUACCCAGAUUAUGAACAAAACCAGGACUUGGAGGUGGAUCUCCUUUUGGUGAGUGGUAGGCCAAACGCUGUCCUCCAGGCUCUGAGGAUCUUGAUGGGGAGACGGCAGUGGGAGAGGGUAACCCAAGUGGCCCAGAGGUUCUGCAGGCAGAGUCCCUUACUGAACAAAGAGAUCUUUACUACCUUACUGUGUGAGGUGGCCCAGCAUCGAGACCUGGAUCCAUACCUAGACCUCCUCUGGGCUCUGUGUCCUGAAGAUCUCACGGUCACGGCCAUACUUAACAUUGUACUGAAAAAUAUACCCUCAUCAUCUUCCUUAUCUACAUCCUUCUCCCCCUCCUCAAAUAUCCCUCCCUCCUCUCCCUUUGCUGACCCCCAGUCCGGCCAGUUGACCUUUGGGUUGUUGAAGCCGUUGCUCAGUAAGGUUCUACAGAGASAGACCAGGCCCAACCAGCGAUAUGCUGACAUCCUCCAGUCGCCCUCAUUCCCCCCUCCAACGCCCCCUCGUCGGGCUAAAGGACUGCCUAGGUCCACCACCGAGCCUAGCAUAGGCUUAGAUCAGCAGCACAAUGAUGUCAUCGGCAACAUGGCGGCCAUCUUGGAUCAACACGACCCAUCUAAACACAGGACUGUCCCCGGGGGCAGGGUAACCUCCACUCCGAACCCCAACUGAGACGCGCACACACACACUGUACUCUCACCCCAUAACCCUCGUCUGACACUCCCACAACCUGUCAAUUCUACCAUACUCAAAACAUGCACAGUCUAUUUCUGCUCUGUAGGGAAAAGUGCUCUUUGGCUGCGGCGAUAUCUUCAUGUUACUCUACUUGAUGUGCAGUGUUGGCUACGAAAACAUUUUAACAGAAUAAAAACAACAACAAAAAACUAUUGAUACCAUUAUUGAGAUUUCAGUUGAUUGGUAUAGGUAGUAGUGGGUUGUUAGAUUGAGAUUGGUCUAAUCUGCUAUUGAACAGCAUAUCUUAAGUGCUUCCUCUACACUGGACCAGGACUGUGCCUGAACAACAAAAUCAGUCAACAAAACAAAAUGUCCUCCUUUAGGCAGGCUUCAUUUGAGGCUCUUUUCUGUUGUCAAUCAUAAGCAGAUGAGUAACCAUAGCUGACAGUUUACUUUCCGAACAAAAUAUUGCCUUAAAGUUAUUCCAGGUUAUUAAAUGACUACUAAAUCUUACCAUUGUACAUACCUCUCUUUUGAUUUUCAUUUUGUAUGUUAAAAUGUGUAUAUAUGUGGUGUUAUUUAAGUGUUAUUGUGUGAUCUGGAAUGCACACAGAGUAGAAUGCUAGCUAAGAGUUGCCUUGCAUUCGAUAAACUCAGCCUUAAUGGAAAGAACAUUAGACUCAUAUACAGUAUAUAUUGAUAUUAUGAACAGAUUAUUAAGUGUGCAUGUCGCAGAGCUACCAUUCUUGUAUGUAAUAUGGUAGAUUCAUUGUUGUGGGUCUUGUUCAGCAGGCACAAAACAGAACAUGUUUUCCAACAGAAAAUGUUUAAAAAGCUACAGUGAACAUUCUCAUUGGUCAUGUUCAGGCAGUGCCUCUUGUGCUUCAAAAUGUUAUUUUCUAAUUCGUGCCUACUGUACACAACCUGGAUCUUUUUUUGCUUUCGCCAACUCUGUGUCAUAAUAUCCCAGGUGGUUUACUGUACUUUAAACCUACUAAGAAUCGAAAGCCCUUUGUCAGCCCAUAGUGAUACAGUUAUCGGACCCUGACCCACGAACCUCUGUGUUGAAUGUUUAUUUGUUUAGAAUAUUUUGAACCCUUGGCUCUAGGGGGUAAAGGUUUCGUCUCUGGGACAUGACUUCUGGGUUUAGUGUAUGUUCCUCAUAAAGUCAGUCAACCGUCACCCUCAAACAUGAACUAUUUUACUGAACGUGUCUGUUUGAAAAUAACAUUGAUGUAAUGACACCUUUUCCAGCAGCAGUGGAAAAGUUCUAUAGUGAAACACGAUAUUGAAGAGAUAUACAGCUGCUUUUGGAGGAAAAUGUUCAGUAAAAAAGUGUACAUUUUCUUUCAGGGGUAGAUUAAUAUUUAUAUCUUUCUACUUCUUUAAACCCUUGUUGCAUUCUCUCUUUCUCUUUUCAUAAUCUUCUCAACCCUCUCUUCAGUCUCUCCCCUGUCCACUCCAGUCUCUCUUUCUCCAGUUCCACCCAGUACAUUCCUACCAAACUGCCCUGUAGAGGAGAGGUGACUCACUGUCUUCGAGUUCCUGUAAUUUAAUUUGGGGUAACGCUGUUAUGUCCUUAGUAGGGAUGGGGUAGGCCAAAACCAAAGCACAUCUCUCACACACACGGCACUCUGCAUGGGCCAAGUGACUGUAAUGUCGUUAUGGAUGUUAGACCCUCUGUCUGUUUCUCCUAACAUUUUCUCUCUCUCUCUAUCCACUGUUGGCAUUCUCGCUUUCUCCUGUUAACAUUCCCCGUCUCCAUUUCACCUCUGCUCUCUUUCUCCUCUGUUUUCUGCUCCAUGAUUUACACACACAGAGGAGUUCAUUCUCUACACGCUGUAUGUGUAGCUUCCCAAUUGUCAGUAUUACAGAACAUCCUACUAUUGUUUACUUGUCAUGUCUGAGUAAAAUUUUUAAGUCUGGAGAUCAAACCUCGUAAAUUAAGCUCUAUGGAUAAAGAUGAUUGUUUUAAAGUGCCUACAUUUUUAUUUUAUAGAAAGUGUUCUUUAGCAUUUAGAUUUAGAAUCAAACUGAUUCUUUAAAUGUUUUACACAGUGCAGUAGUCUGAGUCCCAGAUAUGUUUGUGCUGUCUUGCCAAUGACAGUACAGACAAAUCUUGGACUCAYGCUAACAGCUGUGGAACCACCUCUAAAGAAUAUAACUUGUUUAUGAAAUUAUUCAUUUCUGUAGUCCUAUCCAGAUAUAUUCUGUGAAGUUGGUGAAGCCUAACCUGGUUAAAACCGACUGAACACUGCGCUCACAAAAUACGGCCUGCUAAGGCACACAGUCAGAAUGCUACUGGAAUGACUGAGUUCCUUCAGGGAGCUGCUGCUCCUCAUUCACAACKUAGUGUCACAUAUCUGCUCUAAUGCAGUCACCACCGCUGUUAUAGAUACAGCCGUCAGGAGCAUGGGAUGUUGUGUGUGUGUGUGUGAGUGAGUGACAUGGGGUAAUUUGUUUAGCCUGAUCAUGUGACUCGGCCAGUUAAAACUGGUCGCCUGCUCUGAGAGCCAAAGAUMACUUACUCUGUGCUGGAAUUCUCCACCCAUUUCCUUMAAGUGAUUCAAGGAAAUCCCCCACGUAGAACAAACAGAACAGAAUGUCAUCAAACCGAGGAUGGGAUCGGUGUAAUCACCCAUACUAACACCAGCCCUAUGCUUUUAAAUCUGCGGAGGAGUGCACUCUAGUGAAAAGGGUUGCUAAUUGGGAUGCUGUGACUUGUGAUGACAUUCUGUUAGUUUGAUGUUUCACUGUGCAUAUGAUAACUGACGAGACUAUCCUAGUAUGUCGGGUGCACAGCUACUGUCCUGGAGGGCCGCAAAUGGCAGUUUUUUUUAUUACUUUUAAUCACAGACUGUAUACUCUCUCUGGCCAGUCGGUGAUCAAUAUGUGAAACUAAAACCAGUAGGAUUGCAGCCAUCGACUUGAGUUUGAUACCCCUGCAGUAUGUGGGAAUGGAUGGAUGUAUAAAGCCUUAGCAUAACAAGAAAAUCACAUAAAACACCAUUGCCAAGCAUCCUACUAUUCAAUCCGGACAGGUGAAUGUGCUCAGAACAGGAAGUCUUUGUUAAUUUGCCUUUGCUCCACUUUGACAGGUGGAGUUCCCCUUUUUUAUUGCCUGUUAUCAAAUUGUGUCUUUUCCGGUCAGCUGUGAUGACUAUUCCAUGUACAGUACUUUAGCCUUCUGCAGUGUUUCACUUUCAGCCACACAGAUAUCAAAUGUUUGGAUAUAUGAUUGAAUGCAAAAUGCAUGUGUUAUUAAACCCAAGUUAAAACUUCUA